AUGGGGAGAUGUGAAGGAGGUUUUGAAAGAAUCUGCAGAUUGUACGAUCAGAAGAAGGUGUACACCCUGGAGAAAGAAGUGGAUGUUGGAAGAAACGUGGGAUAUGAACUGAUACCACCGGAGGAUAUACCAGCUGCGGAAAAUUAUUUGGAUAUAGAGAGAGGAGAGAUAACGGUAAAUGAAUUUGAGAAGGCAAUAAAACAAUUAAAAGAUAAAAAAGGUGGAGUUGGUGAUAGAAUUUUGAGGAACGAGCAAGCUGGGUUUAGAAAAGGUGGAUGCAAUGAUCAGAUAUUUGUGGUUCGGCAUGUGAUGCAACAGGCGAAUGAAUUGAAGGUCCCACUAAGUUUGUGUUUCCUUCAUUUUGAGAAAGCAUUUGAUAGUGUUUGA